AUGUUUCUCUCAGCAUUUCGCAAAUUUUUAUCUUGCCAUGUAAUUUAUUCCGAUAAUGGUACAAAUUUUGUUGGUGCGCAUGCACAGCUGGUACAGUUAGCGAAAUUAUUGGAUUCGUCGGAAUUUCAAAAUACAAUUACUAAUGAGCUGGCUGAUUAUCAAGUGGAUUGGAAAUUCAUUCCCCCUGCUUCCCCAAAUUUCGGUGGAAUUUGGGAGGCCAACAUAAAAUCGGUCAAGUCGCAUUUGAUAAAAGUGAUUGGCGAUCAACUAUUGACCUAUGAGGAGAUGAAUACUGCUUUGGUUCAAGUGGAGGCGGUGUUGAACUCUCGGCUGUUGUGCCCUUUGAGCCAGGAUCCGAAUGAACCUCUUGCCUUAACUCCGGCUCAUUUUUUGAAGCUGACACCGUUGACGGCUUUUCCAAUGAAGGAUGUGACCGACAUUCCCGUCAAUCGUCUCACUCGUUACGAACUCAUUGACCAGCUUGUUCAAUCGUUUUGGAAUAGGUGGAGAAAGGAGUAUCUCCAUGAAUUACAAGUACAUGGAAAGUGGUCAAAGUCAUCACCUCCUCUAACUGUUGGAACUGUUGUGAUAGUGGAUCAGCCUCAUCUACCCCCAUUGAAGUGGCCUCUAGGAAUCAUUGAGGAAGUGUUUCCUGGAGCCGAUGGUGUCAUACGUGUGGCAGUAGUACGUUUAGCUACUGGUCGUUUCAAACGUCCUGCCACCAAAUUGUUUCCAUUGCCCACACAAUAA